AUGGCUGAUCCCAACGCUACUGCCCCAGUGCCUUCAAGUGAUGAAAAGAACUUGGUUGUUUCUUUCAUCCAAUUCAUCCGUCAUAAGGUUUCAGCUAACGAAUGCAACUCUGAUCAAGUUGAAGCUCUUGAAGUUGCCGUACAAUGCUUGGAAUCUGCCUUUGGAUUGAGUGAUGCAAACUACGCUUUCCAACCUUCCAAACCUCUUCUUGACAUUUUUGUUGGAGCUGAAGGAUUACCAACAGGAGAAACUGCUUUGCCAACACCUACUGAAUCUGAAAUCGUUCAAGCAAACAAGUUGAAGGAAGAGGGUAAUGAGCUCAUGAAGGCUUCCAAAUUUGAUGCUGCUGUCAAUAAGUAUAACGAAGCUAUCAAGCUCAAUCGUGACCCCGUCUACUUCUGCAACAGAGCUGCUGCUUUCUGCCGACUAGAACAAUACGAUCUUGCUAUCCAAGAUUGCCGCACUGCUUUAGCUUUGGAUCCUAACUACAGUAAGGCUUACGGAAGAAUGGGAUUGGCUUUAUCUUGCCAGAAUCGUUAUGAACAAGCUGUUGAAGCCUAUAAGAAAGCUUUAGAGUUGGACCCCAAUCAAGAGAGUUAUCAAAACAAUUUGAAAAUUGCUGAAGACAAGGUCAACGAAUUGGAAGGUGCACGAGGAGCCCAACAACCUAACCCAUUCGCUAACCUUCUUGGAGCUGCUGGAGGAGGAGGACCAGGAGGUAUGGAUAUUGCUUCUCUUCUUGGAAGCCCACAAAUGAUGAAUAUGGCUCAAACCUUGAUGUCUGACCCAUCUAUCCAGAAUAUGAUGUCUCAAAUGGUAUCAUCUGGUCAAGGCUUCGGUAAUAUUUUCCAAGCUGGACAACAGCUUGCUCAACAAAUGCAACAGAGUAAUCCAGAGUUUGUGGAACAACUUCGCCGACAGUUUGAAGGUCAUGGCCCAAAUCAAGAAGAUCAGGACCAGAACCCUCCAAACCCACCUCAAUAG